AUGCCAAACCUCAUAUUGUCUGGUCCUCCUGGCACAGGGAAGACAACCAGUGUGCAGUGUCUUGCGCAUGCCCUGCUGGGGAGCUCCUACAAGGAGUGCGUUCUGGAACUCAAUGCAUCUGACGACAGGGGAAUUGAUGUUGUCCGAAACAAGAUAAAGAUUUUUGCAAAGAAGAAGACAAUUCUGCCACCGGGACGUCACAAGAUUGUCAUCUUGGAUGAAGCAGACAGCAUGACCACCGGUGCCCAGCAAGCACUGAGAAGGACGAUGGAGAUUCAUUCAAACACGACAAGAUUUGCGCUCGCCUGCAACCAGUCUACGAAAGUCAUUGAACCCAUCCAAAGCCGUUGCGCCAUCGUGCGAUUCAUGAAGCUGUCUGACAUGGACAUCCUGUCGCGGCUGAUGGUUGUAUGCAAGGAAGAAGGGGUGCCAAACAACCCUGAAGGUCUGGAGGCGGUCAUCUUCACUGCGGAUGGGGACAUGCGACAAGCUCUCAACAACUUGCAGGCAACACACUUUGGCUUCGGCUUUGUGAACCAGAAGAACGUUUUUCGAGUGUGCGACCAGCCGCACCCCACUAUGGUGGUCCAAAUCGUGAAGUGCUGUUUGGCAGCUGGUUUUGAAGACGCCCAUGACGAGAUGAUGAAGCUGUGCGACUUGGGAUACUCGUCUGUGGAUAUCGUGUCGACAUUGUUCCGCAUCGUGCGCAACCACGACAUGCACGAGUUUCUAAAACUUGAGUUCAUAAGGGAAGUGGGCUUCUGCCACAUGAGGGUAUUGGACGGCUGCAGCUCACGGCUGCAGUUAUCAGGACUUCUUGCCAAGUUGUGCGCGAUCGCGCUGGAGGCCUCAAAAUAA